UCUGUCAAUGCUUGUGCUACGACUGAAGCUGUGAUCCGAUUGGUCUUCUCUGCUCUGGUGGGCGUGGCUGCUGUCGCUGCUUCUGUUGUUUUGAUUUAUGAUAUCAGAUCCAGAAGAGAUGAACAGAAGAGAAGAUCAUAGACAUAAUUUUGUUCAUGUGUUCAUGUAGUGUAAGAGAUGCUUUAUAAAAACAAGACUUUAAUUUCUUCAGAUGUUUCUGUAGGUCUCUAAAGUGGAAAAAGUCAAAUGUUCUUUAACUAAUUGUAAAAGUGUUUGAAGAAUAAAAAUAUAAAUAAUGAAGAUGACCUAAUACAUAAGACAUUUUUGUUACGCUAUUACCUGAAAACUCGUUGAUUACUCGCAAUUUAAUGAAAAUUAAGAUCCAUUUCAAACGGUUAGUUAUUUGAGGUGAGAGUUUACAACCAAAAAGUGAAAAAAAAUUGUAAAAUAAGCAGUAGUGAAGAAAUUUUAUGUGAGAAACCUCAACACACAAAUGUAAAAGUUUACCAUCACUUGACUUUAUAACAACACUCAUCAGCUUUUAACAGUUUGGUAUUUUAGAUUUCUGAACUGAAACCGACACAAACACAGAGACUUUGGGUACUCAUAUAAACACCAGCAGUGUAUAUUUAACAGUAAUUUUGCUGUGUGUCUGCAUCUUUGCAAGUUUUUCUGAUUGCCUGCAAAUAAAAUAAAAGUACAAUCUAAACAUGUAAUCUCUUUAUUUAUGGUGUAAUACAAGUACUGAUCAUCUUUAUCACUCUUUAUUUUUCAGUAUAUUAAAGAGGAGCAAUAGUUUCUUAAACUGCAGGACAACGUGAUAUCUCCUUUCCUUCCUCUUUCUAAAACACAUAUGACUGUGAAAUCUAAAUUUGAGAAAACCAGAUAUUAGCAUGCACACAGAAGAUUAUUGUAGCUGCAGAAGAGCACCCAACAGUUUUUUUUUCAUUUUGUCACAGAGUGUUCAUCAGCUUUAUGAGUUUUAGGAGUUUAUCAUUUCAGAUUUCUGGACUGAAACCGCUGGAGAAAAUGUUUCACAGAUUUCUGAUCUGUUUGUUGAUGUGGCGUCUGACUGGUGUGUUUGGUGAUAAAGUGAAGUCAGUGUCAGUGAUGGAGGGAGAUUCUCUUACUCUACACACUGAUAUUAAACUACAGAGAGAUGAUCAGAUACUGUGGAGGUUUGGAUAUCAAGAGUCUCUCAUAGCUAAAAUCAACAGAGCAGCUAAUAAGAUAUCAAUAUAUGAUAAUCUUGAUGAGAGAUUCAGAGGCAGACUGCAGAUAAAUGAUCAGAUUGGAGAUCUCACCAUCACAAACAUCACAACUCAACACUCUGGAUUUUAUCUAAGCAUCACCAACGCUAGAGAGAUCUCAUUCAGAUUCAUUGUUACUGUCUAUGCUCGUCUGCCCGUUCCUGUCAUCAACCGUUACUGCCCACAAAAUCCUCCAUCAUCAGAAAGAUCAUCAGUCUCAAAAUGUGUGUUAUUGUGUUCAGUGUUGAAUGUGAGAGAUGUGAGUCUGUCCUGGUACAAAGGAAACAGUUUAUUGUCCAGCAUCAGUGUGUCUGAUCUCAACAUCAGACUCUAUCUACCUCUGGAGGUUGAAUAUCAGGAUACAAACACAUACAGCUGUGUGGUGAAAAAUCCUCUCAUAAACCAAACUCAACAUCUCAACAUCAAUGAUCUCUGUCAGCCGUGUUCAGGUGAGUCACAGGUGAUGUAUGUGUUUAUUCAUUCACUUCAUCUCUGUUUCAUUUUGUUUUUUCUUUCCUCAGACUCUGUCAAUUCUUGUGCUACGACUGAAGCUGUGAUCCGAUUGGUCGUCUCUGCUCUGGUGGGCGUGGCUGCUGUCAUGGCUUAUGUUGUUUUGAUUUAUGACAUCAGAUCCAGAAGAGAUGAACAGAAGAGAAGAUCAUAAACAUCAGCAUCAGAUUCUCACUCAUCAAUCACAUCUGAAAGGCUCAUACCCAGGUGUUAAGAGAACAAAACAAAAACUAAUGGCCAAAAUAUUAAAUCAUCUUAUUUUCUUAAUUUCUUUGUAACCCUUUCAACAUAAUAAAAGUCA